GCCACGCCCCCACAGGUGAACCAGCAAAUCACUGCCUCCGUUCUCACAAACGUCUGAUCUGUGGCCGGCCGGACUUCAUUCCACAGAUGUGCUUUAACAAAGGUGAAGCUGAACUCUGAGCUGUGACAGUGAAGCAGUGUGAGAGUGUCAGUAGAUGAUCAGCAGAGGAAAGUGAAGCUGCUGUGAGCUGAUGUCCUGAAGGGCUUUUAAAGAGUCUCUGAGUUUGACAGGAACAUGAAGAUGUUUGUGGUGUUUGUGAUCCUCCUGCACGUUUCCCAGCAUGCUCUGGCUGUGGUGGUGGAGGUGAAUGAGGGAGAAAGGUCUGUCCUGCUGCCCUGUCUGUACUCAGGUUCUACACCUGAGGACAAUCCCACAGUGACGUGGACUUGCAGUGACCUCGAUCCCAAAUCUGUACACUUACGAAGAGCAGGAGGAGAUGAUCUUAGAGGACAAAACCAGCGUUACAGAGAACGUACAUCAAUGAAUCGUUACGCCCUAAUCACAAAGGACUUCAGCCUCACGCUGAGGAAACCCACAAAGACUGACAGCGGCAACUACACCUGCUCCAUCAGCAAUGGAAGACAAGAACGGAGACUCAGAGACAUCCAGCUGAAGGUCAAAGACCAGCAGGUGGACGUGAAGGUGAGGGAAGGGUCACAGUCUGUCAUCCUGCCCUGCAAAACAACACCUGACCUGCCUGAGGCCACCAGAGUGGAGUGGACUCGCUCUGACCUCGGACUCAUGACGGUCCAUGUGUAUGCAAACAGGAAUGAUGAAGUCAUGACUCAGGAUGGAUUUUACAGAGACCGAACGAAGAUGAAUGAAGACCUGCUGAGAACUGGAGACCUCAGUCUGACCCUGAAACAGCCCACAGAGAGAGACAGUGGACGAUACAUCUGCACCGUCUACAGGGACAAAGACAUCCUGACACAGAAAGUAGUGCUGCAGGUCAAAAAACCAUUUCCAUCCUGGGCCACAGCUCUCCUGGUUCUCCUGGGUCUUCUUGUGGUUUCUGGAGGUCUUCUAUAUUAUUUCCGGCACUAUUUCAUGUCAGAUUACAAGGUGUUGGUGGAUUCAGGGGUGGAGUCUGUCCAGCUGCCCUGCAAAGCUAUAGUCAGAUUCCUCCAAGACACUAGAGUGGAGUGGAAGGACAGAGACGACAGGAAGGUCCAUGUGUAUGAGAAUGGACGUGACCAGCCUGGAGAACAGCACCGGUUUUACAGAGGACGAACAGAGAUGAAGAGAAACCUGCUGAAAUUUGGAAACUUCAGUCUGACCCUGAAACACCCCACAGAUGAUGACAGCUCCACCUACACCUGCACCAUCAGCAGGAAGGGAAACUUGCUGAAGAAGAAACAAGUGGAGCUCCAUGUCAGAGUCCCCCAGGAGGAGGUGGUUUCAGGGGCGGAGUCUAUUCUGCUGCCCUGCAAAACUACCAUAAACCUGCCUGAAGUUGCUAAAGUAGAGUGGAAGACCAGAUUCAACAGGAAGGUCCACGUGUAUGAGAACAGAUCUGACCAGCUUCAAGAUCAGGACCACCGUUACAGAGACCGAACAAAGAUAAAUGAAGACCCGCUGAGAACUGGAGACUUCAGUCUGACCCUGAAAUACCCCACAGACUGGGACACAGACACCUACACCUGCACCGCCUACAGCAGGGAGGGAAACAUCCUGAUGAAGAAACAAGUGGAGCUGAAAGUCAAAGUCUGCCAUAAGGAGUUAGAGGAGGAGGAGUCUGUCGAGCUGCCGUUCAAAACCUCAGAAAACCUGCCUGAAGAUGCUGAAGUGGUGUGGAGGGACAGCAAUGACAGGAAGGUCCACGUGUAUAAGAACGGCUCUGACCAGCCUGGAGAACAGCACCAGCUUUACAGAGACCGAACGGAGAUGAACGAAGACCUGCUGAAAACUGGAGACCUCACUCUGACCCUGAAACAGCCCACAGAUGGAGACAAAGGAGGAUACAGCUGUAGAGUCUACGGGGAGAUCCAGAGAUACAAAAGAGUGCUGCUCAGAGUCAAAGACUGUCAGGUGGAGGUGGACAAGAGGGAGGCGCCUGUCCAGCUGCCAUUUAAAACAACAGCAAACCUGCCUGGAGAUACCAAGGUGCAGUGGAAGGUCAGUGGUGAUAGGAUGGUCCAUGUGUAUGAGAACGGCUCUGACCAGCCUCACAAACAGCACCAGGAUUACAAAGACCGAACAAAGAUGAAGGAAGACCUGCUGAAAACUGGAGACCUCAGUCUGACCCUGAAACAGCCCACAGAGAGAGACAGUGGAGAAUACAGAUGUGAAGUCGACGGGGAGGUCAAGAGAAACAAAACAGUGCACCUCAAAGUCAAAGGGAAUGUUCAGGAUCAAACAGGACAACCAGAAGCAGCUCCAUUGAUCGGAGUCCUCUGAUGGCUGAUCAAUCAGUUUGAUCUGUGUGUUCUUUGAUUAUUGAUCAGUGAUGUCAGAGUGGAGUCAGUGUGAUGUUGUUGUUGUGUGUUUGAGACUUUUAGUGUCCAUGAAGGUCUCUGCUGCCGUAGAUCCUCUGAACUGUGACAGAGGUCUCACUCUGGAGGAAACUCUCAGCACUUUCAUUUUAUUUACAGCACUUGAGA